AUGGCACUGCUCCUGCGGCUCCUGCUGCUGCUGCCUUUUGCAGAUUGUGGGAUGGAGAUGAAAUGCCCCUUAACUUUGGAGAGAGAUUGGCUAGACACAUUCAAUUAUUACAGGCCAGGAGACCACCUCAUCGGUGGGGUCAUCUCUGCCACAAGGGCUUUAUUCAAUCCACACAAAUUCAAUGAGCCUCCCUCAACCAGCUUUUACCAGAAAGCAUCCACAAAAUAUUGGCAACUCCUGUCCUUCUUGUUUGCCAUUCAAGAUAUCAACCAGAAUCCCAGGCUUUUACCCAACAUCACUCUGGGGUACAGCAUCCACGAGAACUUCUUUGAUGGGAGGGUAACGUGCGAAUCUUUGCUAGACCUGCUCUCCACUGGGCAGGCAAAUGUUCCAAACUACAACUUUGGAGGACAGAAUAACCUGCUUGCUGUUCUUGAAGGGGCUGACACUCAAAACUCCAUCCAGAUUUCGAACAUGUUGGGCACCUAUAAAAUCCCUCAGGUCAGUUAUGCUUUUGUCUCUCAUGUUCUGAAUGAUAAGAGGCAGUUUCCUUUUUUCUACCGGAUGGUCCCCAAAGAAGAAGCCCUGUACCCAGGGAUUGUCAAGCUGCUCCAUCACUUCAGAUGGACCUUCAUUGGUCUCCUUGCACCAGACACUGACAACGGAGUGAGGUUCAUGAAGACCUUGACGCCUGUGCUCAUUGAGAGUGGGAUUUGUGUUCCCAUCUCGCAAAUCGUCAAAGGAGGACUGAAUUUUGCACCAAUAAAUUUUCUUUUGUUCUCUAAGUGGAAACAAGUUAAUCUAUUUGUUUACUACGUAGAUAAUAUUUAUGUCUUAAAUGGAAUAUUUUUUAUAGAACUGAUGUACAAGUUGAUAAAACCCAUUGAGGGGAAAGUCUUGAUCACAACAGCAAUGUGGGACAUCUCAUUGGAGUUGAUGUAUGGAGGCUUAUCUUUCCAACCUAUCCAUGGUAUUUUUUCUUUCUUAAUUGAGACAAAUAAACAGACAAACUAUGGUGAUUUCCCAGCCCUAUUGUUUGCUAUUGAUGAGUUUGUGGAGGAAGGUUUUAAUUGUUCAUAUUUAAAGCAUGCAUUGGCAGUGAAAGGCUGGGCAAGAUGCAGAGAGAGAGAGAAUGUGGAGAUGCUGUCACAAGAUGAUCGGGAGGGAAUCCUCUCUCUCGACAACCACAGGAUCUACAACACGGUCCAAGCUGUGGCACACUCCUUAAAUGCUGCAGAUUCAUCAAGAUCUAGGCAAAGAGUGAUGGACAGUUUGAAAAUUCAAAAGCUACAGCCAUGGCAGCUCCACCCUUUCCUGGGAAACGGUCAGUUUUACAAUUCUUCCAAGGAGGGAGUGUAUUUGGAUGAGAAUGGGGAAUUGGCAGCCGAUUUGGACAUUGUGAAUUGGGUGAGGUUUCCCAAUAAGUCCAUCCUCGGAGUCAAGUUUGGGAAUAUCAAGAGACAGGGAUCCCCACUUCGAGAGUUGACCAUCGACCAGGAUGCCAUUAUGUGGCCCAAAUGGUUCAACCAGACCCUGCCUCCUUCCAGGUGUGUGGAAAGUUGUCGGCCUGGAUUUGUCAAGAUGGUUCAGGAAGGAAAGCCACUCUGCUGCUACGACUGCAUUCCCUGCCCAGAAGGAACCAUCUCCUCUCAAGACGAUGCAGAGCAUUGUACCAAGUGUCCAGAGAAUCAGCAUCAAAACAAUGACAAAGAUCAAUGUGACCCUAAGGUUAUCACCUUCCUGACUUAUGAAGAACACGUGGGGAUUGUCCUAUCUUCCUUUGCCCUCUUCUUAUCCAUAACCACAGGUUUUGUGUUAGGAAUCUUCAUUACAUACAAGAAAACUCCCAUAGUCAAAGCCAACAACCGGGACCUCUCCUACAUCCUCCUUUUCUCACUCCUGCUUUCUUUUUUGUCCUCCUUUCUCUUCAUUGGCCAGCCAAGGAAAGUGAACUGCCUUCUCCAGCAAACUGCCUUCAGCAUCAUUUUCUCAGUUGCUGUCUCUUCUGUGUUGGCCAAAACCAUCACUGUGGUACUGGCCUUCCUAGCUACAAAGCCAGGGAACAGGGUGAGGAGAUGGCUGGGGAAGACUCUCACCAACUCCAUUGUCAUUGCCUGCUCCAGUCUCCAAGUUGUCAUCUGCACCAUCUGGCUGGGCAUGUCUCCCCCUUUCCCGGAGUCUGACAUGCACUCCCAGCCCCAAGAGAUCAUCCUGCAAUGUAAUGAAGGAUCUGUGGCCAUGUUUUAUGGUUCCCUUGGCUACAUGGGCUUCUUGGCUGCCAUCUGCUUCACAGUGGCUUUCCUGGCCAGGAAGCUCCCAGGGUCCUUCAAUGAAGCCAAGCUGAUCACCUUCAGCAUGCUGGUCUUCUGCAGUGUUUGGGUGUCCUUUGUGCCCACCUACCUGAGCACCAAGGGGAAGUACAUGGUAGCCGUGCAGGUCUUCUCCAUCUUGACCUCCAGUGCUGGGCUUCUGGGCUGCAUCUUCCUUCCCAAGUGCUACAUUAUUUUAUUGCGGUCUGAUCUGAAUACAAAGGCAUAUAUAACAACAACUAAAUUAGAAAUCUGA